GGGACUCUCCGAGGAGGAAGAGGAGGAGGAGGAGGAGGAGGAACGGGUGAAAGUGGAGCGGAGGGAAAGAGAGGAAACCUUCCCCUCUCUGUCAGAAGUAUGCGGGGCUCGUCCUUUCAGACCUUACGUCAGCCGGCACUCUUUAACAGGCUGUCAGCCGCCGGACACGGACAGAGGUGGUGGGAGAUGAAAAUGACAGACACGGCACGAGGAGGAUGUAGCACACCUGCGGAGGGCUGCGUGACGAGCGUUUAACGCGGGACUCAUUCCGGAUUCAAUGCAUUUGCACUUUAACACCAGUGAUGAGUUGGCUCCUGUUGUGGAUUCUAACUGCAGCCGGGAUUCAACAGGUGGGAUGGAGGACUGGUUGACUUGUAGUGUGCAUGCUUUGUCAAAGAAAGUGAAUGAUGUGGUGAAAAACAGACAUUUGUGAUGUCUUUGAACGUUGACUGCCACUUUUGCACAAGGAGAAGCUGUUUUUAACAUCAAAUGGGUCAUUUACAGAACUUUUUUUGUCCGUUUUUAACACCCAAACACCAAUUAAAGUAUUUAAAUCCAUUUUUUUUAAAACCACAGUUAAUAUGUAGGAGCUUUCCUUUUUUCUUUUUUAAGAUAUGCGUGCUUGAUAUUUCUGUGAUUUCAUCCUUCCACGUCUCACCGCCUCCCAACUGUUUCCUAUAAUGUCAUCUUAACCCUAAAAACAUCACAAUACUGACUAACUGUGGAAAAUUCUCUUAACCUGGGACUCAGAGUGACUUAUUGAAUUAUAAAUACACUGUUUCCUCUUGUAGUGGACCUGGAGUAUCUUUGUCAUUAAUCAUCCUUUAAUCUGAGAUGGUUUUAGCUGCUUCUCUUCAGCUCAGCUUUAAAACGUUUGUUGCGUUUUGGUGACACCAAGUGGUUGUUUCUGAAACUGCGUUUUAUUAGCAUGAUUAGUCUUUUCCAACAGUGCAUAAUCUAUUUUCCACUUACCUCAGUUAUAUAAAAACAGCCAUGAAGAGAAGUUUUGGAAAUUUGAUGCUGAUGUCAAAAAAGUGGGCCCCAGUUUGUGAAUGAAUCUCAUAUUUUGCCAGACUGUAAACUCUUUAGCAACCUUAAACAAUCAUGUGAAAUAUAUAGAGAUAUAUAUUAAGAUGAUUGCUGCAGUUUUUGUUCUUUUUGCUGCUUUUAGGUGAUAUCACUCUGUAAAGGAACACCAUGGGAGUUCCUUUAAACUAGAACAAGCUGUAAAAAGGAUCAGCUUGUCUGUCCUUGCCCUCAGAUCAGAGGUCAUCUGAUCUGAGCUGAUGUAAACAUAAUGGGAAACCAGUCAAACCAGCAGCUCUUAUUGUUAACCCAUAAUAGAGAACACAAGUUUAAUUGUCUGACCUCUAUCAAAACAUGUAAGCUGACAGUGAAGGGUAUUGAAAGGGCAGUAAUAUUAACCUAAUCUUAUGUAAGAUUUUGAGCUCUCCUGGGUAGUUGAUGGUUUUACACCUGCUCAGGAUUCUUCAAAUAUCUGUUUUUCUAAUUCAUUUAGUUUUCUGCCAUUCCUGCACCACAAUGAAAUCCUUUCAAAAUGAAAUCACGCUGAAUUGGACCGCUAUAAUCUCCUUCUCUGCAAAUUAGCCGGAUAGCUGCGGGCUAAAUUAACUCCUCUGAAGAAUGGCUCAGUGGCGCGGUCGUGAUUAAAACUCAUUCAUCUACAUUAGCUUUCAACACUGUGUGCAGCAGCUAUUAAUACAGCCUUAAUGCUAUUGAAGUGCAGGGAAGGGAUCAGGGAUGGGGCAUAUAGGGUGCAUAAGGUUGCAUAAGAAGAUUAAGAAGGUUUCCUCUCAAUUAAAUGCAGAUUAAGUGAGCAUGCAUGUACAUGUACAUGUAUGCGUAUGUGAGGGUUCAUCGAUCAGUGUGUGCAGCCCCCUGCUGUGCCAAACUCACUGUUAUGAUUUGACUCCAGCCUCAGUGUAGCAGUGACAUGAUGUCUCACUGCGUCUUAACUCUACAGGUCUCUCAUGUUUUGAUUGUUAUUUAUUGAAGCUGAACAUCAUCUACAUUUUUCAGCUUUGUCUGAGAGGAUUUGUGGCAGAUACACAAACUUGAUUUCAUUUUGUCCCACACUAAACAAUCAUCUGGCAUUGUCACAAGCACACCCUGUUCUCAAAACAACCACAAUUUAAUUUCCACCCUGAACAAGAGGUAUUUGUUGUCCGAAAAAAAAAAAGAGUCUCCAGUGAGACUUGUUCAUCCUCUGUCCAAAACUAGCCUCCGAGCGCCAGGCCGUUAAUGUGGCCCAUGUGGCCCGUUUCAUGGAGAACAUCUGCUUUUAAGAGUUGCAGAGCUCUUUACUGCCCGAUCUGUCUCUUUACACCGAGAGUCCAACACACCGAGGAAGGGAGGGAGGCGAUGAUUAACUUUCAUUGGCAGGAUUUUGUAACAGUUCAGCACAGUCAGUUGCAGAUUAUAAACACGAUGAUGGAAAGCUUCCAGAGUGUUAAACACAUACAAGACUUGACAUUAUUGAUUUAAUGAGAUUAACUCCCUGGGUGUUUCAUUCAUUUUUACAACCUUAUUUAAUUUCCUGCACCGCAUGACUUGAUGUUUGCAGGCUGCCGUGUAUUUUACCCAUGCAGGCAUAUAAAGAGUGGUAGUGGUAAUAGUGGUAAAAAAAGAGGACUGGAUCUGAAAGAAUUAAGAGAAUUGUACUUUUGAACAAACAACAGAAUUUUUUGAUUAUGAUGUUAUAUUUUCAGUACAUUAAAAGUUUAAAAUCACUUUUUAGUAAAAAUGUCAAAUUAAACUGCUUGUAUUUGUCCUCAAGCCUUAAUUUGCCCACUUUCCUCCCCCAGGCCUACUCCCAGAAUUCCACUGCCAUGCCGCCUGCCACAGCCUUCACCACCCCAGCUGCAGAAUCCUACAACAGGACGCAGUACUGCAAGUGGCCUUGCGAGUGUCCUAAGGUCAUCCCCGUCUGUCCUCCAGGCGUGAGCCUCCUCAUGGACGGCUGCGACUGCUGCAAGACCUGCGCCCGGCAGGUGGGCGAGGUGUGCAACGAGGCAGACACCUGCGACUACCACAAAGGACUGUACUGUGACUACAGCUCGGACAAGCCUAGGUACGAAAAAGGAGUGUGUGCAUGUAAGUGUCACUCUACUGCAAUCAACUACAGUUUUCAUUCAGCAGGGACAGAUUCUGAUGUUUGAUUUUCACGUGGUGUUCAAGUUCAGUGUCCGUUAGAAGGAUGUGUUACCCUGAAAAAUACAAAACAAUGAUGCUUUUUAAUACACUCAAGUCUAUCUUUGCACUUUAUCUGAUUUUUGAUUGCUGUUUCGGUUGUUCAGUUUCUGUGGUUCAAUCACAAAAAAGGACAAUAAUGUGCCAACAAGAUGUUAAAUAGAUCUACUCUUUUACUCUUGUUAGGCAGAGAGUCUAGACUGAUUAUUUGUUGUCCUCAAACUUGUUUAUAUAAACGGAAAUAGUCUCUACAUUUCAUGUGUGAGUGGUAGUUUUUAGCUGUUCAAGAUAAGAUACAACCAAUUUCCUUCCAGGUUAACCACUUCCUCUGUUAUGCAUGCUAUUUUGGCAGCUCAUUUCUGUGUAUUCAGCUCUUAAAAUUUUUAGUAGUGUGUGUGUUCUGGGUUCACUUAAGUUGAUAUUUAGAAAAUGUGGUGAUAACUGCCUAUCCUCUGCAGUUUUCUCUCUGCGGCUCCCUAACUAAUGUGCGCCUGCUUGUCAUCCCUCUCUGGCAGAUAUGGUGGGAACAGGUUGCGAACAUGAUGGAGUGAUCUACCGUAACGGGCAGAGCUUCAGUCCCAGCUGUAAAUACCAGUGUGUGUGUGUGAAUGGCGCCAUUGGUUGCGUGUCACUAUGCACGGAGCACCAGCCUCCGCGGGUGUGGUGCCCAACCCCUCGCAGGGUCAAAGUCCGGGGACAGUGCUGUGAGCAGUGGAUCUGUGAUGAACCCAAAAGAGGGCGCAAGACAGCGCCGCGGCACGCAGUAGAGGGUAGGCUGGUUGAUUUAAUUUGGUGAAUUCUCCUUUUAUUUUUUUUAUUUCCUCAAAGCACUGACAAAUCCCCUCAUUUCCUCUCAGCUCUCUGAUAUGCAGCAAGGUUCACAGUUGAGUCUGAAGACAGCAUGCGAGCAAAAUCAGAGAGAAUGCAUGACAGAGAAGAGAAAACACUGAAGUCACUGCCUUUGGUUUAAGGUUCAGGGUGUCUUUUGUGAGAUAUAGUUAGUGGUGGAGGAGUAAGUUCAGGUCUAUCCGCCAUGUGAGUGUAAUUGGUCAAUUACACAGGCCACCUAAGCAACAGGCAGCAAACUUGAAAUGUAUUGAAGACGGAGGCGCCAUUCUGCUUUUACAUGACUUUUUAAAACAUAGCAAAGGUACAGGAUCAAGUUUCUUCACAAAAGUUGACACAAGUUGUGAAACUUGUGUUGGUGAAACUAAAUGAAAGUUUGGGACAAAAUAAUAAUCACUACAACAUUACUAUUGCAAGUGUGAGGCCUAUACUGCCUGAUUGUAUCCACGUGUAGAUGCAGCCCUCUCUGAACUGUCCUUAUUGGAACUGUUGAAUGUCCUGUGCAUCUGAAUAAAGGCUUUACAAGCUCAUGUUUUUAGCGGUAUUUCAAUAGAUGCAGUUGAAGUUCUUGUGAUAAAUCUAUGUGUGCAUUUCAAAAAGAUUGACUAGCAUCAAGAAGUUUUUUUUUGUAUUGAUGCAGAAUUAGUAAAGUAACCCAGGCAUGUGUUUGAGCAUAAGUAUUUGUUUUUUUUGCAUUUGUUUUGGAGCCCAAAUGAACAAGAUUACAAAAGACAAAUGCUUGAAAGGUUUUGAUUUGUUAGAACUUGUCUUUCUGGAAAAACUUGAUAAAAAGUGCUUCACUUUUUUUUGGAAAGUCUUACUUGUUUAAUGCAAAAACCAGGUCUCAUUUGUUAUUUUUGAAUUUUCAAUAGCUAAGGUUGGAUUGAAUGGAUAGAUGACAGCUGUGUCUGCUGUGUACCACUAUAGUUAUGAAAGAACAGUUUGUUAUCUUUGAGGAUCAUGAGGCUUGGGUGUGUGCAGGAGUGUGUGCUGCGAUAAACCAAUCCUUUCCUGUGGGAGACCUCUCACUGUUUUCUGGGUCUCUUCCGGUUCCCAGUCAUUCAGCCCAGCAGUGCAGUGGAGGGAAUAAUGGUAAAGAAGAUCUUUGUCUUGUGUCAGAAUGAAGAUCAGGCUUAGAUUAGUUGUUCCAAAUAUUAGAUACGAUAACAUAGAUUAUGUUCAGUGAAAGGAAAAUAUUUACUUUCUUACCCAGAAUCCCAGACAUUUCAAAAAUAUGCAUUUUCACGCCGUGAUGAUAUGAAACAGUGAUGCUUAGGGUUUUCCUACUGUCAGAGUCUCUUACAAUUAUAUGAGCUGUCACAAGCUGGUCCUCAGUUAAGUGUAGAGGAAGGGACAAAGAAAGUCCACUUUGAUCCUAUUACCAGCGAUUGGAUUACAAACUCUUUCCUAUUAGGUGAUGUUCAAAACUAUUUUGCUUUAGGGGGACAAUUACUUUUCUUGUGUAAGCAAGAUAAUUAAAGCGCUUUAAAGACAUGAUCUGUUUACCUCUCUCCUCUAUGUUGCUCCAGCUCCACCAGCCGAGACCAGGAGCUGGCACAAGAACUGCAUUACCCAGACUACCUCAUGGAGCCCCUGCUCAAAGACAUGCGGCCGCGGUCUGUCCAUGAGGAUCUCUAACGCUAACAACCAGUGCGAGCUGAUCAAAGAGUCUCGCCUCUGCAACCUUCGGCCCUGUGAGGUUGACAUCACCAAACACAUCAAGGUAGUCAUGUAGUCUGAUAGUCAAACAACCUGAAAACUGAAGUGGAAAAAGUUCCCUGACUUUGCUCUUUCUUUAUCAGCCGGGGAAGAAAUGUCUGAACAUCUACAGGGAGGAUCAGCCCACCAACCUCACCAUCUCUGGCUGCACCAGCAAGAAGCAGUACCGGCCCAAAUACUGCGGCGUCUGCACUGACGAGCGCUGCUGCAUCCCCUACAAGUCCAAAACCAUCGACGUAGACUUUGAGUGUCCUAACGGGUCCGGGUUCACCUGGAAGAUGAUGUGGGUCCAGGCGUGCUUUUGCAACCUCAGCUGCAAAAACCCCAAUGACAUCUUUGCCGAGCUGGAGAGUUACUAUGGUUACUCAGAAGUCAUGAACUAACAGAAGGCAAUCAUGCUCUGUGCCUGCAGAGCCACCCAGACUUCCUCAUACCUAUUCUUCCUCUGCAGUGUUUGUUGGUUGUGUUUUGUGUGUCUGAGCAUAAGGGAAUUUCUUAUCAUCUUUUUUCCUAUUGGAAAAAUCUGUAAAUACAAAAUGUAAAUGUCUCCCAAGAAUGGAUUCAUCAAGCAAACUGUGCUUUUGUAUUUACAAGUAUUUGAAGAACUGAGUGUGAAAUAUCAAAGGCAUAAUUUAUUUAUGGAGCUUUUUUUAUAUAUAUAAUAACACAGCAGCCAAAAAAUGUCUGGCUUAAAAGCUCCUGUGAGGAAUUUUUGGUUUGUUACGACUUUGGCGCCCCCUAUGGACAGAGCAGUCUUUGCAUGUCUUGUCUGCUAUAUACUCAUGUUGUCAUGUGAUUAAAAAAAAUUCUCAUCCUCUCCUUUUGACAUAUUAAUGUGAAUAUUCAAAGUGGAAAACAAACUGGGUCUUUCUUAAGCUACUCGGCUACCCGCUUACAGGCAUCACUCGUCUUAUUGCUGAUGCUCUCAUUUGCCUUCUUAUGUCAUAAAAAGGCAUCAAGGGGAGUUUCAUUUGCAUCCAAAAUUUCCUCACAGGAGCUUCAGACUCACAAGUAGCUCAUGCUUUUUGUAUAUUUCCUUCAUGUCAUAAAAUGUGUUGUGUAAUUGCUGUUCAAAAGGCAAGAAAGGACUUAAGAGCCAAAGACCAAUCCUUAUUCUGGGACCACAUUUCUGUAUGCAAUAAAAACAUAACAAUGGAUUAUCAGUUACGAGUUUUUUUUAUUGUCAUUUUUUUAAUAAAUACAAACUGUUAUGUCACUUUAAUGCUUCUCUACAGCAUUAGACAGUUGUGAAUCGCAUCUUUACAAAGCCGUAUAGGUCUUCUACAAAGCAGACUGUUGCUGUAGUGCAAGUAAGAUACAGGAGCAGAAGGUAUCAGGUCAGCUACUACAGCUAGCCUCAUGUUAACAUGUGGAGCUAUCACAUCGCCCACUGAUAAUCCCACAAACUGCAUGGGAGCAUUGCACCUACAGAGUGAACAUUUCCAUGGCACGUCUUUGUUCCUUUGUUCUUGAUUGCAUAGAAAUCAUGGUUAUAAAAAACAGUUUUUUUGUCUGAAGCCGUGAUCUUCAAAUAAAGCACAGGAUGUUAAAGAGUUUGAAUUUGUGUUUCAGGAUGGUUUCUGAUUUGCACACAGUCUCAUUGGAAUGAAGUGAAAAAAUUAUCAUUUGAUUCUUGAAAAGUUUAACGAAGAGUGACUUGAAAUUUUUGAGGUUGUUUUGGAUGACAUUGGCAGAAUUUAGCACUGUUAUUUUCUGUAUAUACACGAUAUAUCCGAAGUCUGUCCCUUAAUUUUUAAAGUUUCAUGGCCAACCGCCACUUCUGCCUUUUCAAGUGCCUCUCCAUCCUCUCUCAGCGUCUACAAAUCUGCUCCUACGUACAAAGGACAAAACUUCAAACAUUGAAAAUAAAGAGUAAAUGAUCAAAAAAAUUACAGAGACAACAUGGAACAGUCAUUUACAGUCAGGUACAUUUCGAGAAAGCUGUGUCAAUGUGGUCAAAAUGGAUACAAACAGGGUGAGGGAGCACAGAAAUGGAAAUUAAAACAGAUUUUUAUACGUAUGAGAGAUUAUGAGAGAUAUAAUGUACAAGCUGGUGUACUCGUAGCCACAGCUGUCUUUGACAUUCUCUGCUUCGGUGUUUCCAGGUGCUGCGCUGCCUCUAACAACACACUCAUGUGAAAGGGAGAAGCAAUUUCCUGUUCAGGGAUAUGUUUGAUUCUUAAAAUGACAAAAGGAGCAUCUCAGCUGCAAUGAAAAGUCUGCAGGUGAGAGUCCACCUGCAUUUCUUCCAUCCCAGGUUUCCUUCGCCAACUUUUUGUGUGUGUGAGUGUGAGUUAGAGGCAGCGCAGCACGAACCGAAGGAACCUGCACAGGUUUUUUUCUGGGGGGGUCGGGGGCGUCUGGAGAGUUGAGGUUUCACUUAGCAGGACACUUCAGUGGACUUGGGAACGGCUUGGUCCACGUUGCUGUUGGCCGCGCCGUCCAUGGAGCCCUCCGUGUGGGAGCGAGUGCGCUGGUUGUCGGCCGUGUGGGUGCGGCUGCGGCCCUCGUUGGUGUGUGAGCGGGAGCGGUUGCCCUCAUGAGUGUGGGAGCGUGAGCGGUUGCCGUCAAAGGAGGUGACGCUGGAGCCGGAGGCAGUGCGGGAGCGGACCAGGCGGGUCAUGCUGGCAGAGGGCACUGAGGAAAGAAGAAGAUUGAUCUUAUUAUUGAUUUUCAUCAUUGAUCGUCAAAUAGUUACACAGUUAUGCUUGGAGCUGAGGGAUCUGCUUUGAAAGUGCGCCACAGUGACACAGAAACAACUGCUUUUAUCUUUCGUAAAGUUUUGAACGUAUUUUUAUUUCUAGAAAAUGAGUAAAAUCAUCGUUCCCACAGCUGUAAUCGCACACUCUGUUCCUCUGCGGAACAAAAACAUCAGGAUUUGACGUUGAACUGAGUGCAAGCUAUACCCCAGUGAGCGCAGGAGUCAUUUAUUACCCAACACUAGAGGGGGAAGAGGAGCACACCACCCCAAAGUUCUUUAUCUCACCACAAGAUGGCAGUAAACGCAUCUUUUAAAACCUGGAUGCCAUAUUUGCAGUCUUACUGAGAUAUUGCCUUUUUUUCUGGAUAUCCUGCAUGUUUGGAGUACUUACUGUAUCCCAUGCCCUGAAUGAAGUACUUGAAAGCUUCCGUCAGUUUUGCAGGCUGCAGAGUAGAAAGAAAAAAACAGAAAAAUUGUUGAUAAUUAGUCCUCCUGUCAUCAAUUAUCACACUUGUUUACAUAACACUGACAGACUCAAUUUGUCACCUGGCAGAUUACCACCCAGGCUCUGAGAUAUGACAGCUGCUGUGAGCAGGAUUACAACCUCACAACUGAGGUUCAUGUCUGCUACUUGCUAAUGCUCUUAAGUGCAACCUCCUUCAGCCAUCCAGCCUGAUAAUAAAACCCUGUCUGCUGAGCUCCAUGGCAUGACCUCUGUCAAGUUUCACACACUUAUACACACCUGGUCAACCUGGGGCAUGCCUCCACAGUCAGCCAUCUGGAGAGAGGAGGGGGAAAAGCACUAUUAGCAUUUAGCGUGUUUGCACUUUUACAUUCACACAAUAGUAGACACACGCCAUUACACCCUCAAUUUACACUCGACGUGUCCCAUUUGAACACGUUGCCCCCGCUGACUCUGGUCCGUGUUCUGUCAGACCCUGAACAUUUGACCCCAAUAAAUGGCACCUAUUUUAGCUCUGACAGGACCUAUUUGUUUUCAGAUGUGGAUCAUAAAUUUGCAACAGGUACAAAAAAAAAGUGGGUCAGCUGCAGCAGACUGCAGAGGCCUCAUGCGAACGCACGGACGCGUCCAGCUUUCAGAACAACUGGUUAAUAAGUCACCAGGUAAUUGCUGAGUCACUGGAAUCUUAUCAGCUGAUGCGUUUCCGUGAAGGCUAUUAUAAUCUGAACAAGGAUGUGGGGCGGGAGGUGGAGGAGAAAAAAGGCCGUUUACCUUCAGCAGGGUUGUCUUUGUUGGGUCCAGCUUGGUGUUGCACUCAACCUGAGGGCAGAAAUGGCGACAUUGAGCAAAAUAUUGUGACACUCAAACUGAUAUCUGGACUUGAGUUGUUUUUUUGCUGCUUAGUCACGUAAACUUGAUGAAUCUAAGCUGCAAAUUUUAAAGAUUUUCUAGCCUGGAACUGAGCACGAAAAACAAUAGGUGGAUUGUUACAAGUGCUGUGUUUUCUAUCAGGUUUGUUGUAUUUAUUCUCUUUUUCUUAUCAAUAUUGAUGAAGAACAUGAGUUACAUUCUUAUAUUCACACCAAAAAAGACAUUAGUGGAAAAAAAUGGAGGCAAUACAACAAGUGAAGAUAUUUUGAAAGCUUAUUGAGAGCAUAACUUUGCAUUUACAAGUAUAUGUAAAAAGAAAAAGAGUCAAAAACAUUACUCAGUUUGGAUUUUCUGAGGGAUUUGUGGCGCCUCUCUGAUCUAAAAGAUCAAAACGUCUCUGCGUCACUUGAUUUCUGUUCCCAACUUUGUUCUCGCCUCAGGGUUUAAUCUUGCAUAUCUUUCGGGCUUAAAUGAUUGACUGACGUAAAUGGAAAACACAUUUCACCCAUGUUUAACCACGGUGGGGAGUCUAAUCGUUAGCAUCAAAGCCAGCUGAACUCACCACAGCAUCCACUGCAGGAGAGCUGUCGCCAACCACCAGCAGAGAUGGGCACCUGGAUUAGAGAAAUGUUGAGUUACAGAGUGGCCUGGGCUAAAUAUUCACUUGUAAAAUGUAAUAUUCAGCAUUUGGUGUUUGUUGCUCGCUGACAACUUACUUCAGGGUUCUGACGUUGCUUCCAGGGACCGGCCUCUCAACCUCCAGAUCCCUCCGGCUGAAGAAAGAGACAGAAAAGUUUAACAAUGUCCAGAUUUUUGUCGAUUAAAUAGUUUAGAUUUAACAGCCAGGUUACACUAUACUCAGUGAAUCUAAAUCCUAGAGAGCCUCGCUACAAAUCCCCCCUACUCUCUCUCUCUUACCUUUCAUAAGACUUAACAAAGAGGUGCAGGUUAAACUGGUUCAUGUCAUUGACGAUGUGGUGGCGGUAUGUUCCCACCAGGUCCUGGUUGUGGUGGAUUUCCUCCUGUAGGGACCAGAUGAAAAUCAGUACAACUCACCGAAGAAUAAAUUCCUCAUAUAGCUGCGGGGAAACAUUUCGAGUUCCAGUGUGAGGAGAAGAGAGAAUAAUCUGAGUAUGUACCUUUCCAAAAAGGUGGGAGAUGAUCACGUCAGGUUCAGCAUGGGUCCACCCGUGGAUCUAAAAUAAAAUACAAAAACUUAAUUUGCAUAUUUAUCCUUUGCUAGCUUCUAGAGAAGAAACAUUUAAAGGGAACUUCUGCAAAACUGUGCAGAUGUUUGACUUAUUAGCGUGCGUUACCUUGUGCGCAGCCCAGUCCAUCCAUCCCUCAGCACAUGGGUUGAUGUUGAUAAGCAACAGUCCCUCAACCAUGUUCGGGUAAUCCAGCUGAGACACACAAAAGAUGAAAUAUUUACACACAUCGCUUGCAAAUAAUUAAUAGAAGCAACUGUUUUAGUUUGUAUUCAUUCUUCUUUAAAAGCAUAUUCUGUAAUUUCCUGUUAUUUUUGCAAAUCUGGGCCAGGACAGGUUUUAAAUAUGACACAUUUCUUCUUCAUGAAGUGCAUUUAAAUUUGUUUUUGAGCUGCUGCAAAUAGUUAAAUGCUGCAUCUCUGUCAGCCUUGUGUCAACACAGUGAGACUGCCCGCUGAGCACAGUGUUAGUGUUGAACUGAUCUGGAACAUUCCUGAGACUUUUAUGGCUCAGCAGGCUCGAGCAAUAAGCUGCACUUUUUUGCCAAAAACAGCAAUAAGAAGAAACACUUCUGUUAAUCCUUAAAUGAUUAAAAGUUAUAAUUAUUAAGCCCGAGUGAGAGAGAGAGAGAGAGAGAGUGGGGCAGGAGGGAGACUUACAGCAAAUCUGGUCAGAAUGUAGGCCCCUGCUCCAAUGCCCAUGCCAAUAACACUCUUCAGCCUGUGGGCAGACAGACAUGGAAACUGUUAGAACAACAGGUUAGAAGAGAUCUUGAUUUAAAAAUGUUGAAAGUCAGUGUGAAACUGCAGCUCAGCUUACCCAAAGUGCUUCAACACAUGAGGGAGGGUCUCAGCGACCUGGUCCAUAGAUGGGUAUUCGUAUCUAGGAAACAAAACACACAUUGUUACGACUCAAUUUAACAACUACUGCCCUACUGCCCUAUCUAAUCAUCAUUUUUAUUACUCUAAUAUAUAUCUCUAUCUGCCUCCACAUCAUGUUCUGUUCAGGUAGCAUUAACAGGAGGCAAAGUUCAGCCAUCAAGUACACAGAUUAAGUCAAAGAAGAUAAAGACCUUUACCUGCAGUACACUCAACAAAUUAGGUCAACCUAAGAACAUCCGUGAUCUAUCUGCCCAGCCAAAGGUCACAGACGGCUUGACAUACAUCCAAGUGCCUCUAUAUGUGUUUGUGUUUGGCUCACCCAGUGGAAAAGGUGUUAGCUCCCUCAUGCUGCCCGGGGGCGUCGACGUGACACACGGCAAAGUGCUGCAUGAUCUCGGACAUGUCUUCAUGGCUGAAGAGCGUGUUCCAGCAGGUUUUGUCUGGAAAAAAAAGAAGGUGGAGGUGGAUGAGUGAUUCUUGGCAGAUACGCAAGAACGACCUAAAAUAACCCGAAUGUGAGCCAUGCCGAGUUUGUUUUUGUAGGUGCAGUGGGUCAUCCUCUCGGAAGAUUUAAUACCAUUAUUAAAAUGUGUCAGGAAGCUAAGAGGAGUUUAAAGACGGUACAGCAGGUCUAUUUAAAAACUCUGGCAUGCUAACGGGCCAGACAUUUACACUCAGACAUGUAAGAUCUGUGAAACGGAAGAUUCAAACGAGAUAUUAAUGCACUUUUUUUUCCUCCUAAUUAACCAUCCUAAAUCUUUUUCUCUGAGCAACAACAGAGGUAUAUUACAACUCGGCCAAGCAGUGUACAGACAAAAUAACAAAAUCAUUAAAUGGCCUUGUUCAGGUUACAUUCAAACUCACUGCCAACCGUUAUCAGGCCAAUUAUAUCGGUCAUCUGCUGCCCUCCAAUAGGCUUAGUUUGAGUUUAAACAACUUCUUGGGAAGCUAAUGUGUAGGGAUUAAAACACGUAGACCCUUGGCUAUAACAGCAGAUGUUUUUUAACCUGUGUUGACCUGAAUUAGGAGGGAAGCUUACGGUUCAGUCCAAUGUCAUGGUAGGUGAGGAUCACUGGUCUGUCACCCUUGGGAACCCCCUUCAUCGUACAACGAACCCUUCCAUAAGGAGUCUCCACAUCAUGCUCCUGUGGAGGCAAAGAGAGACCAAAUUUAACCCAAAAUGCCAGGAUAAUUUUUUUUUUACCAGAUUAAAAAUUAAAAAGAAGAGAAAAUGGUGCUCCCCUGCACAGUGGACUUAUUCCUCAGACCUGAAUACAGUUUCUACCAGCACAAUUGAAAUGCUUUGGCUUAAAAAAAAACAAAAGUUUUCCUGUUGCCAAAUCUAAUAACAGAAAUCCUCUUAACGCUGUAAGAAUUCAGAGUUUUUCUAUCUAAUUUUUCCAUUAAAAUUACGAAACAGCCUCAAGCACCUUCAGGCUUUUCCAGUGUCUGACAUCUGUAAACUUCCUUCCAUGAGCAACAAAACAGCGCAUCACAAAUAUAUAACAAUCUCACACCUGCACCAACAAACCUGCAGUAAAAUUCUCAUCACAAACACGUCAGUAAAGCCCUCAAGUGUACUCACGCUGACUUCAAUCUCAGCAACAAUCAUCUCCACAUCAGAAUCUUCCAGAACCAUGUUUGCAGGAGACGAGUCCAAUGCUGCUCGCUUCUGAACAAGUCUUUCUCCCUGAGCUAUAAAUCCAAAUGUUGGUAAGCCGCUGAAAUUGUUUAGCCUUGCGCUGAGAGCUCGGUUUUAUACCCCCCCACUGCUUACCAGCUGGCUUAAGCCUCUGGCCUCCCAUGGUGCCUUGCAGGCUGGUCAAAACAAGCUAACUCUGGCUGGAGAGAUCUCUAAAUUGGAUCAGCCAAAGU